GGCGGCGGAGACCGCGCCGGCUCUGGCUGGAGUGGCGGCGGCAGCGGCGGCGGCAGCGACGGCGACGGCGGCGGUAGCGGCUGUUCCUCCGAAGGCGCCGCGCGCUCCGGGACACACGUGGGCGGCCGAGAGAUGGCGCGGGCCCCGCGACGUGGCGCGCAGAUCCCGGGACGCGGGAUGGAGCGGCGCGAGUGAGCCGGGGCGGCCGCGCCGCGGGGCGAUGGCCGUGCCACCGCUGCUCCGCGGGGCGCUGCUGCUGUGGCAGCUGCUGGCGACGGGCGGCGCGGCGCUGGAGAUCGGCCGCUUCGAUCCGGAGCGCGGUCGUGGCCCCGCACCGUGCCAAGCGAUGGAGAUCCCCAUGUGCCGGGGCAUCGGCUAUAACCUGACCCGCAUGCCCAACCUCCUGGGCCACACGUCUCAGGGCGAGGCGGCCGCGCAGCUGGCCGAGUUCUCGCCUCUCGUGCAGUACGGCUGCCACAGCCACCUGCGCUUCUUCCUCUGCUCGCUCUACGCCCCAAUGUGCACCGACCAGGUCUCCACUCCCAUCCCCGCCUGCCGGCCCAUGUGCGAGCAGGCUCGCCUGCGCUGCGCCCCCAUCAUGGAGCAAUUCAAUUUCGGCUGGCCGGACUCGCUCGACUGUGCCCGGCUCCCCACGCGCAAUGACCCACACGCGCUCUGCAUGGAGGCACCCGAGAACGCUACCGCAGGCCCCACAGAACCCCACAAGGGCCUGGGCAUGCUCCCUGUAGCUCCUCGGCCCGCGAGACCACCGGGGGAUUCAGUCUCAGGUCCCGGCAGCGGUGGCACCUGCGACAACCCCGAGAAGUUCCAGUACGUGGAGAAGAGUCGCUCGUGCGCUCCGCGCUGCGGGCCGGGCGUCGAGGUGUUCUGGUCUCGGCGCGAUAAGGACUUCGCGCUGGUUUGGAUGGCUGUGUGGUCCGCGUUGUGUUUCUUCUCCACGGCCUUCACCGUGUUCACCUUCUUGCUGGAGCCUCACCGCUUCCAGUACCCAGAGCGCCCGAUUAUCUUCCUUUCCAUGUGCUACAAUGUCUACUCCUUGGCCUUCCUGAUCAGAGCGGUGGCAGGUGCCCAGAGUGUGGCCUGCGACCAGGAGGCAGGGGCUCUGUAUGUGAUCCAGGAGGGUCUGGAAAACACAGGCUGCACUCUGGUCUUCCUGUUGCUCUAUUAUUUCGGGAUGGCCAGCUCACUUUGGUGGGUGGUUUUGACUCUCACCUGGUUCCUGGCUGCAGGCAAGAAAUGGGGUCACGAGGCAAUCGAGGCCCAUGGCAGCUAUUUCCACUUGGCAGCCUGGGGCCUGCCAGCGCUCAAGACUAUCGUGGUCCUGACUCUGCGCAAGGUGGCUGGGGAUGAACUGACUGGGCUCUGCUAUGUAGCCAGCAUGGACCCCGCAGCCCUCACUGGCUUCGUGUUGGUACCCCUCUCUUGCUACCUGGUACUGGGCACCAGUUUCCUCCUGACUGGUUUCGUGGCUCUCUUCCAUAUCCGCAAAAUCAUGAAGACAGGCGGCACCAAUACGGAGAAACUGGAGAAGCUGAUGGUCAAAAUCGGAGUCUUUUCCAUCCUUUAUACAGUGCCAGCUACCUGCGUCAUUGUCUGCUAUGUUUACGAACGCCUCAACAUGGACUUCUGGCGUCUUCGGGCCACAGAGCAGCCAUGUACUGCUGCCACCGUGCCUGGAGGCCGGAGAGACUGCUCGCUGCCAGGGGGCUCUGUGCCCACUGUGGCUGUCUUCAUGCUCAAAAUCUUCAUGUCCUUGGUGGUGGGCAUCACCAGUGGAGUCUGGGUAUGGAGUUCCAAGACUUUCCAGACUUGGCAGAGCCUGUGCUACCGAAAAAUGGCAGCCGGCCGGGCCCGGGCCAAGGCCUGCCGAACCCCAGGGGGCUAUGGCCGGGGUACCCACUGCCACUACAAAGCCCCCACGGUGGUCUUGCACAUGACUAAGACAGACCCCUCUCUGGAGAACCCCACACACCUCUAGAACAUAGGCUGGGCUGUGAGUUCCGGUGGCUCCCUCCUUGCCCUCCCCUCCCCCUUCAGAGACAGCUGAUGAACAGCUGCCCAGCUGUCAAGGUCAGACAAGUGAGACACAGGGGGCUGCGGACUUGGGUGGGGACCCAGGAAAGCUCAGGGCCUUGGCCUUCCUUCUCACGCAGGGAGUGGGCCUAGUGAAGUCCACAGAGGGUCUCAGGACAAGAAGGAGACAGGAUCCAGUGCAGAGUUUAUUUAAUGAUGUAAUUUAUUGUGGCAUUUCUCUGGAAGCUGUGACUGGAAUAAACCCUCGUGUGGCACUGCUGUGUCCUAUCUGGGCUGGAAAGAAGGAAGACAAGACUGAAGGGUGAGAAACUUCAUAAGCAGAGCUUGGGGGUGAGAGGCCUUGAGGUUCUUCCUCUGUCAAUGAGGAAGUUCCUGUGGGGGCAUCGGUGGAUUAUAGGAGUCCUAGAUUGUGUGUGUGUGU